UAUGGCGUAUAACCUACUAGAAGAAAAGUAGAAAUGAUAAGAUAUUAGAAAUAUAAAACAGUUUACUUUAAUUCCAUUCAAAACUCUCCUUAUGUUCUGAAUAAUUAAAAAGUAUAUAAAUUACAAUUAUAAUAAAUAUUUGGUUAACGGUUAAUUAACUUAAUUCGUGUGGUAGUUGCAUUAUUUACUGAUUGCAAAUAUAAAAGGAAUUUAGUAAAAUGCCUUUACCGCCUGUUUUAGCUGCAAAAUUAUCUAAAAGAGGAUUGCUAAGUGUUACUAAUUCAAAGGGGUCUGAAAAGAAGAAAAAAGAGUUCAAAGGAGUAUCUGGCUGUCCUAAUAAAAGUAACAUUUAUCAUGAUUGUACACAUUGGUGUGAAGUGCACUGGAAAGGAGUGACCACUCCAGAUCCAAAAUAUUUGAGAAACAUAUCAAAAUUAACACAAAAGUAUCCCCUUCCUCAAAACUGGAUGGAUGUUUUUGAUAAAGGAUUGGGUAGAUACUAUUACUGGGACUUAGAAACAGAUUUAGUAUCUUGGCUUCCACCAAAACAUCCAAAAGCAAAACCAACAGAAAGUGCUGCUGGCUUAAGAGAAAAACUGCAGAGUGGAAACAUAAUUGAUGCAAGUCUCCUAUAUAAAGCUGAUUGUGAUAAAGAUGAAGAAAAAAAGAAGGAUAAAAAAGAAAAAGAUCGUACAGAUAGGAAGGAUAGAGAUAAAGACCGUGACAAGGACAGAGAUCGUGAUACAGAAAAGAACAGAAAAGAAAAAUAUGAAGAAAAAGAACGAAAGAGAAAGAAUAGAAAGGAGGAAAACUUAGAUCCAAUGGAUCCUGCUGCUUACUCUGAGUGUCCUGUUGGUACUUGGAGUGAUGGCUUAGAAACUAACAGGUCAGGAGCAGAUAGUACAGCCUCAGGUGCUCUUUAUCAGCAAAGACCAUACCCAGCCCCAGGAGAAGUUCUUGCUAAUAAUAAAGUUAAAAAAAAAAAAGAUUGAGUCAAAAUUAUUGCAAGAAUUGUUGUUACUUAUUUGUUUCAGAAGAGUUGAGAAUUUGUCAUACUUUAGUUAAAUCUACUUGAGAGCAUUAAUGAAGUGUGUAUGUAUUACAAAACUAUGCCUGAUAAAUUGACUGUACUUACUCACAAAUUAAAUUACUAUCAGUA